AUGGAGUUCGACGUUGCGCUCAGAGAGGCCGGAUCGUUCGGACUCUACCAGAAGCUCCUGCUCGGAUUGAUGGUGGUGCCGUCGGGGGUGUUCUGCGCAUUUGUGUACUUCUGUCAGUACUUCAUAAUUCUCAUCCCGUCAACGUACCAUUGCAAGCUACCAUUCAACGAAACUCAACUUCAGCUGGCCAACGUCACGUUCGAAAACGCCAAACGCAUAUUCAUCCCAGACGACUCGGAGCGGUGCCACAUCCAGAUAUACGAAAACGUCACCUCGGCACUCUUAUCUCCCCGGUCCGCCAUUCCGCUAGUGAACGAGACCUGCGAGGAGUACACGUUCCAAUUCGAGGAACUGUAUCCUACGAUCGCCACCGACAUGGGUUUAGUCUGUGAGAAGAGUCAGUACAUCUAUCUGAUCCAAACACUGUUUUACGUGGCUUCAUCGCUGGGCGCUAUAAUUUUCGGUAUCGUGUCGGAUCGUUUCGGGAGACGCUCUUCGAUCAUUUGCAGUUAUUGUCUCGCGGCCACCGCGGGCCUUCUGUGCUCGAUGGUCGAUCUGAACAUCAUGUCCUUCACUCUAUUCCGUUUCCUGGUCGGUUUGUGUCUUCUGCCCCUAUCCGAGGAUCCGUACGUACUCGCGCUCGAAUACAUCGGAGCCGAGAAACGUACGCUGGCAGUCGUGUUCUGGGCGGUUUCCUACAUUUCCUCGUCGAUGGUUGUUCCCUGGGUGGCAAAGGCUUGUCACAAUUGGCGUCUCCUGAACGUCGCGAUGUCCGUCCCGCUGCUCCUUCCCGUGCUCCUGAUGAACUUCAUCCCCGAAUCGGCCAGCUGGCUCCUGUCGAAGCAUCGCGACGCCGAAGCCGUCGACGAACUGGUCACGGUCGGCAAAUGGAACGGGAGAGAAAUUCCCACGUCGCUCGAGUUGAAGGUCGAGGACGACGAGGAAUUCUACGACGGCAAGGCCAUCACCCUCCUGAAGCUGGUGGGAACGCCCCGUAUUCGGAAACAUACGAUCUUGGUGGCCGCCUCGUGGUUCCUCACCUACCUCAUAUAUCAUUCCGUCAUCUUCAGCACAUCGUUCAUCGGCACGGACAUAUACCUGUCGUACACGUGCGGAGCCGCGGUUGAGCUCCUCGCGCUGAUAUUCGUCAUGUUCUCCUUGGAUACCGUGGGGAGAAAGUGGCCGAUGUUGAUUUCGACGACCACGACGGCGUUCACGGGACUUUGUGGUGUUCUCCUGAUCGACAGUUCACCCGACCGCGAUGCCGGCUAUGCGAAAACCCGUCUCGCCCUCCUCUUGCUUAUGAGGGUGGCCAUCACGACCCACUACGACAUCAUGCUCCAGUACGGGGCCGAGGUGUACCCGACAAUAUUGCGAGGCCGAGGUCUCGCGGUUCUACGUUUCGCGGGAACUCUGUCUCUCUACAUAUCCCCCACCCUGGUCUAUACCGCACAAUACAACCCGGUGUACCCGAUCAUAAUUUGCGGUCUCCUCAGCGUCGUCCUGGUGAUCCUGACUUUAUUCCUGCCCGAAACCCGGGGACUUCCCUUGCCGCAGACGAUUGAAGCCGCGGAACGCCUGGGAAAAGGCGAGCCCCUCCUCGGUUUCGUGUGCAACUGCGUCGAUAGAAAGGGGAGGGUUCCCGCGCCGGACGAAGAGCCGGAGGAAGACGAUAAAUACUCUCGACGACAUUCUUUGGAAAAAUCUUCUCCGACUUCCAGCGUCAAGGGCGAGCUUGUAGAGAUUCCCCGAGAUACCUACCCUCCGAACAUUGCGAAAGGCCCUCAAGCUUGCUCUGAUCCCGUAUCGAAAUCCUCGCCCCGAUGA